AUGGAACAAAACAUCAGAACCAAAGCAGUAUGGAUGCAUCCGGGUUCGGCAGAGAUGGCUUGCGUCGUUGGGAACGUUGCCGUUGCCGUAGCGAUUGGUGGCCAUAUUUUGUUCGUGAACUUGAAAACCACGGCAAAGUCCCAUUAUUUAACCGACAGUGUCCAGUCGGGGAAUGGAGUCGCCUGCCUGGCGGGCCAUAAGCUGUUUCCCAUACUUGCCUUCGCAGAGCGUUGCACUAAUCCGCGUAUUUUGCUCAUUAGUUAUCCAGCAAAUACCGUGCUGUCCGUUCUUGAAGGAGAUCAAACGGAACGUUCCUAUACAGCAUUGUGCUUUUCGGAGAGUGAACUACUCGUCGCUCUUACAGGUGUUCCGGACUAUACGCUGGAGGUGUAUGCUUGGAGAAGCAAGGAACUUUUGUGCAAAAAACCAUCCUCCAUCAACUGUGACCUCCAACGGCUAGUGUGCAGUCCGUCGGCUGUAUUCGCUGUUUGUCAGUAUGCGCCCCGAAAGCCGGAGCUGAAGCUUUGGGAAGUACACGGUAACAUUCGGAUAAGUCGUCUAAUCGAACGCACAGUAUGUUUGGAACUAGAGAAGAAUGAAUUGCCGUUGUGUGUGACGUUUCUUAUCGACGGCAAUCUAGCGGUAGUUACCCAACGGGCAAAAGUGUCUAUUAUAUUGGCUUCCACCGGACAGAUUAGUCAAACCAUCAGCAAUCCUGAACUCUUGGUAGAUGAUUGGGAGUAUAUCCCGUUUAUUUUCUACUGCAAAGGAGGAUUAUUUGUGAGCGCACCGGAUGGACAGGUGAACUUCUACAAGAAACAGAAAGGAACUUGGAAUCAACUGUGGUCCACCCAGUCUGAUGCUUCGUACAGUCAGCUGCUAUACUAUUCAACAACCGAAGGACUGUUGGGCAUUACAACGGAAGGUUUCAUUAUGCGAACCGUGCUGGAUGCUGACGUACGCAACGUGGAAUUUCAAGUUGUGAAAGAUUUGGACAUUGGGUAUAGAUAUUCGAGCACCUGCUUCCAUACGACACCAACUCAAAUAGUCGGUAUUAAACCAGAGAUUGGGAUUGUGAAGCUGUUGAACCUUGAGACGGGUGCUGUAAAUGAUUCGCUAAGUGUAGGCCGCCUCGAAUGUAUAGCACAUCACUCGGAAAAGCCAUUUGUUGUAGUGGGUUCUGAUAGAGGAGUUCUACAGCUAAUCAUAGUCCAUGAGAAACAAGUCAAGCUGGUGGGCCGUUUGCACCUCUCUCGGCAUUCAAUCGUUUCGGUUGUUUUUGCCAUCGCAGGUGAUAACUACUUUGCUGCCUUGGAUGCAAAAGGUCAAAUAGCAAUAUUGGAAAUAUCGGAAGAUCUACAGAUGAACGUCCUUCAAGUGUUUGGGGAGAUAAAAAGAACUUCGCGCAUGUUUUUGUGGUGCAGUAGCGAGGAGGUUUUAGUCGUUCAACCAAUAGAGUCGACAGAGACAGUGAGCUUCAGUUCUGUCGAAUUUAUCGUGAAGCAACAUCACGUAGAAGAUAUUGGAAGAACUCAACUGAAGCUACCGCAUGAUUAUUGUCAAAUUGUACCAACGCGUACCGAUAGCGGGUUAAAAUUCUACGCUCAUCAAAUACGUACGAACGUUAUUGAUUUGUUGGAGAUUUCUCGAACUGAAUCAAAUCUAGACGUAGUUCUCCUCAAAACUAUCAAAACACCUCUAUCAGCCGCUCACUUGGAAAUUGCUGUUGAUGAUCGUUACCUGUACGUUUGGUCGAUGGACGGCAAAACGGCUAUAUAUGAGGGAGUUUCUGAUAAACACAUUUGUACACUUAACUUCGACGGUCGUUUCAAUGGAGGAAUUAAGCAGAUCUCAUUGGAUAGGAGAAAUGAGUUUUUGUCCAUACUGUGCUACAAUGGAAUGUUAACUGUUUUAAAAUUACUGCAACCGAUUGCGCAAAGUCCCGACCUCAUCGUGGGUCUAUCAAAACCAUUUACACAUCCUUCGGUAAUUGAUGAAACUAUACGGGGCCUAGAAGAAUCGCCGAUCGAUGAUUCAAUUCCCUGGAUUGAUAAGGAGGAGAACGAACGGCGAAACGAAAAAGGAAAGAUAUACGAACCGGAACAUGAGGCCAUAUUUGCUGAAUUUGCCGAAAUUAAGCAACAACUUAAAGAGCUGCUUAAUCACAAUGAUAAGGCACCGCUGGAGGAACAGUUUCCCUUGCAAGUGUUUAAUCUUAAUGCGGAAGCAACUGAAAAAUUGACCCAAGAGGCUAACAGCACUAAGGAAGAGGAAAAGAAGCGUUUACAACAGUUUAUAGAGUCACAGAGCGACAUCAACGAACGGCUUGUAGAAAAUUGUUGGACAAUAAUGAACAAGAAGGCAUGGAAAAUUAGAUCAAUCUUUAAGCGAGCAUUUGUGGAAAACUAUGCCAUGUUGCCAGCGAAUCAGUACAGGCAGCAUUUGGAGAAGGUACGCGUCUAUCGCGAGACAGAACUCAACGCCAGUCACGAUGCUUUGCUACCAUGGAAACCGACGCCUACGUAUCAGCUAGAAUCGAUCCUCAAUCGCGAUCCGGACUACGGAAAUGUCCUGGACAAUCUGGCACGAGCUUCGUUGAGGAAAUCCUAUGCUUUGUCCGGCACCACCACCCAUCAAUUCAUCGAGCCCUACUCGCUCAGAUAUGAUCAACUCGAGGUGGUCACGUUCGAACAGCUUUACUUCGAGCUUAUCUGUGGUGAUGUGGAGAUCGAAAAGUUACGCAACUUGUUUAACGAAAAGUUUGAACAAAUCAAAACCUUGAAGCAUGAAGAGAUGGAGUUGGUACUGAAGCGUAACCGUAGAGCAAGGUAUGUCCAGCAGGAGCUGGUAUUACUUGCGAAUUUGAUGGCUGAUCGUAGUACGUUUGAAGUAACACAAAUCGAAGAUCCCAAGUAUGAAGCAGACGAACGACCAGAUACCAUUAUACAAACGGAGGAUGGCGAAAUUCCUGUGGCACCAUACAUCAGCCCGAGUGUUGAGCGGCUUUUGGAUCUAGAGCGACAGGAGCGUGAGCGAAGGCAGCGGGAACUGUUGGCCGAUGACUUCAAAGAUCGUGCCCUUGUCACUAUGAUGGACGGUGUACUGGAGCACCGGUGGGAGGAUGAAAUUAAGAAGAGUCUACCACUUCCCCAAUGUUUGGAAAUUGGCAAGGAACCGCAGCACUACAAUGAAACAGAUAUACGCGAGGUGAAGGAGUAUGAAGAGCAAAGUAGGGUGUUGUACCAGGAGCGACUCCGCUAUCGUAAGAUGUUACAGGACGAGCUGCAGGAGUUGGCCAUUAGCCUUGACGAACAGAUCAAGAGGUUUAACACAUCCGUAGCGAAGCUUACAAUGCAGAAGCUCAUCAUUGAAUCUGCCAUACGGCAGGAGGAGAUGCGCAUUCUACGUGCAACCCUGUACAAUCACGCACGCUUGAUCUAUGAAGCUAAUGCCAAUCGAUUACGCACACAUAUUGAGCAGAUCUCCGAGUAUACGGACCAACUGACGGAUGUACUGAACGAAUUCCAGGAGAAGGCAGCCGACUACAGAAAUACGUAUGAUACGCUCCGAACGAAGGAUCGCUUACUUGACAAGCAAUUUAAGAUAAACUUUUCCGACACGGCACAGUCAGCGCUCGUCGAUCAAGCGUAUAAGAUAUUCAAGCGUAGACCAAAGACCCAGCUACGAUCGAUCGUCACCGUUUCGGUGUUUCAGGACAUGGCCAAGCGCAUCGUGGCGAAGAAGACGGCCGGGACCCACGGGAACUUGCUGCUCCCAAAGGAAUGCCAAGACUAUUUGGCGCACUGCGAAACUCUGGAUCAACCUUCCAAUUGUCCAGCGGGAAUGGAUAGUAGCCUUUGGCAGACUCUGAUCAAAAUGCGCCGCAUUAAGAUCGAGAGUGAGUUUAGGCUAAAAAGUUGUGAACUCAUGCUGUCUGAUGCGGAGGCAGCUAUUGCAGCAUUUCAGCGAGAGAUCACCAACAAGCGCAAUGUGUUGACAUCGCUUGAUCAAAGUUUGGAACAACUUCAAAAUGAUCAGUUUGAAGCCGCUACAAAUAGAACAGUGCAGCUUGUUAUGAAGCGUGGUUGGAUCGAAAUUCAGCAGUCCGGACGAACGAGCGAUUUCGAACGAUGCGUUUUGAUACACCGCACGGACGUAGAAGAUAUCAACGCGAUCAUCCGUCGUGCAGGAACAAAAAAACUUAACGCAAUGGUAAAUGCAGCUCUGUUUCGGCGCAAGAUCAUCUACCAGGAAUGGGAACACCGGGCAUUGAAGCUACAGUUGCGCGAUCUGCGCGAUCAACUUGCGACGGUUGAGAAAUGUAAAAUUACCAAGGAAGUGCAAAGCUGGCUGAAGAUGAAGGGCAUGAAGCGUACGGAAGAUUUAAGUCAGAUGGCACUGGAGAAGAAGAUCCGGAAUGCCAUCCAGAAUGAGGAAGAAAUAUUGACGGAACUCAAAAACUCACUGGAAGACAUUGAGCAACGUAUCGUGGCCAAGCGCAAGGAGAACAAACAGCUGGAUCAGCAAACACGUGCCCUUAACAUUGAUGUCACGGAGCAGCAUCUACAGCGGGAUGCGGAGCUGGAACAGACGGAGCAGAAAGCGACCCAGGACCGGAUGUCAGCUAUUGUUGAGCGUGCACGUUUGGUGCGACUGGUGCAAGCUCAGCACACGCAUAUACUGGAGCUCGGUACGAUGCUUGAGUUACAGCGUCUCAAGACAUAUCCGACACUAACCGCUUCUACAAGUGUUAUGACUCAUAACGCUCAUCAUUUGUUGGGUAAUUAA